AUGCAGACAACGGUCCUCGUGGUCAUGUGGAGCCUUCUUACCGCCUCGGCCAUGGCGGCGUGGAACGCGCUGGAGCAAGCGAGCUUGGCGGCGUGCCCCUGCGCGGAGGCGUCGCUGUGCUUGCCGGUCGUUUCCAGCCGCCGCUUUGAGGUGUUUGCGUUCUCGCCGGCUGCGAGCGACAACUGGCGCUACUACGACUACUCGGUGCUGACGACGAUCGCGUGGAACCUCGAUAAAGGCUUGCUCUGCCACGCGCACGCCCAUCGCGUCAAGAUCGUCGUGCUGCACAACUUCGAGCACGUCGACCAGCUCUGCAAUGCGAGUGCGCGCGAGGCGUGGGUGCACGCCACGUACACGGCCAUCGUGACCAACUACGCCGACGGCGUCAACGUCGACACAGAAGCUGCAAUCACACGCCACGACCACGCCGCCUGCUUGACGCUGCUACUGCAAGAGCUGCGCGUCGAGUUGCAGGCGCACGCGUUCACGCGCCAUGCCCAGAUCACAUUUGAUGUUGCGUGGUCGCCGAGUGGCAUCGACCAGCGCUACUACGACUAUGCGGGCCUCGCCGCCGCCGCCGACUAUGUCUUUGUCAUGGCGUACGACAUGCGCAGCCAGCUCUACGACCAUUGCCUCGCCGGUGCCAACAGUCCAAUCGCGCAAGUCCAGCGCGGCCUUGACGACUAC